AUGAACGCCUCAUGCGAAGACGCCGACUGGAUCUCCUCCUCCUCUGACUCCUCCCCUGAAGCCGAAACCUUCCCAGCCGCGUGCGCAACCUGCCACAAAACCCAGUCCGAGCUCCCCGCUCCCCUCAAGCACUGCGCCAAGUGCAAGAAGACGCAGUACUGCUCGGUCGAUUGCCAGAAGGCAGACUGGAAGACGGCGCACAAGAAGGUCUGCGGCAAGCAGCCCAAGCCCAAGCCCGCCGCCGAUCAGCACAACCCGGGUUUCCACGCCAUGAACGGCCUGCUGGGCCUCUCGGGCAACGACCACCUGCACCUGCUUCCUGAAAAAGAGGCCUUCGAUCAGUUGAUCGACUGCUACCGCCUGCGGGUCGAGGACGAGUACAAGUACGCCGGGGAGGCGCGGGGCCUGUACGGCGGAGAGGAUCCUCUCGCGGACUUUAGAGAGUUCCUGGACAUGGCCGAGAAGCGAAAGGGGAUCCUGCCCGGGUGGUGGAGCAAGGAGAAGAGGGCGCUGUGUGAGCGUGCGGCGACGGACGGGGACUCGUGGGCGGAUAUCAGCUGUGCGGUGGAGAAGUCGGAUAUCACUGAGCAUUACAAGGAUCCCAUGAUGCCGAUGACGUUGCGGAUCCUCGGCGAGAAGAUCUACGGGAAAGGGUUCAUCAUCGAUCCAGCAACAACCACAACAACUCAGCUAUAUCCAAUCGAAUCGAGAAACCGCCUUGUCCUGAAAGCCAGUAAGGUCAGUUACAAGCAGCCCCCCGGCCAAGCCAAGCCCAGCCCCCUUUCAAGCACACCCUCUCGUUCUCAUGCAGUGAGACCGUCAAUGGUGCAGUAUAUAUACCAUCGAUAA